AUGCUACAGUUUUUCAGAACAGCAGCUGCAUCAGACCUAGGCGUGAUGUAUGCGAUGCCACCAGGUUACACAGCAGUCCCAGACUACUUCACAAAGGCAACUACGAUUGCAUCAUUUGCGGCAGUUGGUGUUGCAAUGAUCAUUCCAUGGCAGAAGUACGAUUCAUACAAGAAGAAUUGUAUUGCAACAUACACGUGUGUACUGGCAUUGACUCAUUAUGCAAUCACAAAAGGAUUCGUUAGUGGAAUUCAGGCAGUGGUAGGAACCAUCUUCUUCUAUCUUCUGGCCUAUGGACUGCUAUUCAUGUUGAAUACGAGAUCAUCCAUUCUUGAACUGACUAGCAUUGCAUCUACGGGGUACUUGACUGGCUGCCAGCUUUCGAUUUUCCUUGGUUUUUCAGGCGUGAUUCAAUUUCUGAUCGCAGUUCUUCUGGGCAUAGUGAUCUCGUUUGGUCUCAGCAGAAUGAACAAGGACUCAAAUGAUCUCCUGGGAGUGCUCUUUACUGGAUGGAUCCUCUUCUGCCUGAUCGACGUGGUCUCAUUCAACAAACUCAUUGAUCAGGUUGCAAAUGGCCUCCUACUAUCCCUGAUUCCACGGAUUGUGCUUCUUCUUCUGGACGCAUUGGCCGUAUUCGUCGUACGAAACAAGAAGAAGGUUGAAGAGAUCCAGAAUGACGCAGUUGAGAAGACGAAUGAGAUGGUUUGA